AUGUCCGCUCAACAAUACGACUACCAAGAGAAGGAGAAAGCCGGCUCCGGCUCCUUCAAGGGUGCCGAUGUCGUCGCCACCCUCGAAGAUGGUGUCGGUGCCAACGCCACCAACGCCUUCGACCAGCGCAAGGGCGAGGAGCUCAAGCACGCUCUUCUGCCCCGUCACAUGGCCAUGAUCAGUAUCGGUGGUGUUAUCGGUACAGGUCUUUUCCUCGGUACCGCUGGUUCGCUGCACAACGCUGGUCCUCUUGGUCUCUGGCUCGGCUACCUCGUCAUGGGCUCCGUUUGUUACGCCAUGAUGAUGUGUCUCGGUGAGAUGAUCUCGUACCUUCCCGUCCCCGGUGGUCACAUCAAGCUCUCCGAACGUUUCGUUGGUAAGCCCCUGUCGUUCGCCAUGGGCUGGAACUACUGGUACAACUGGGUCAUCGUUCUCCCCGCCGAGCUGUCCGCCGCCGCCGUCCUCAUGUCCUACUGGUCCGACGCCAACCCCGCCAUCUGGAUCUCGGUCUUCCUCGUCAUCGUCGUCGCCAUCAACUUGCUCGGCACGCGCGCUUACGGUGAAGCCGAAUUCUGGUUCGCCUCGAUCAAGAUCAUCACCAUUGUCGGCCUCAUUAUUCUCUCGAUCUGCAUCGACCUCGGUGUCGGCAAGCAGGGCCGCCUCGGCUUCCGCUACUGGAAGAACCCCGGCCCCUUCAAGCAGUACCACGGCAUCCAGGGAUCGCUUGGACAGUUCCUCGGUUUCUUUUCUGUGCUCAUCAACGCAGCUUUUUCCUUCAUCGGUACGGAGAUCGUCGCCAUCGCUUCUGCUGAGGCCAAAAACCCUCGCAAGUCCGUUCCCAGCGCCAUCCGCAAGGUGUGGAUCCGUAUCUGCCUGUUCUACUUCCUUGGAACUUUCAUGAUCGGACUCGUCUGCAGCAGCAACGCUCCCGAGCUGACCAUGGGUCACAAGACUGCUGCUCGCUCUCCCUUCGUCGUAGCUAUCAACGCAGCAGGUAUUCGGGCCUUGCCUUCCAUUAUCAACGCAGCCCUGGUCACAUCAGCUGUGUCGGCGGCUUCGUCGGACCUCUUCACGUCGUCGCGAGCGCUCUACUCGCUCGCAAUCGCCGGUUCUGCGCCCCGAAUCUUCGCCCGAACCACUAAGCACGGCCUCCCUUACAUCGCCGUUGCGGUCUCGAUUGCCUUCUCGUUCCUCUCGUACAUGUCUGUUCGCGAUGGAGCCUCGACGGUGUUCGGUUACUUUGCCAACAUGACCUCGAUCGCUGGUAUGGUAACCUGGUUCUGCAUUGGCAUCAUGUACAUCCGCUUCCACACGGCGAUGAAGGUGCAGGGCAUGUCGCGGGAUGUCCUGCCUUACCGUGCAUGGCUGCAGCCCUUCUGCGGCUACUGGACCGUCUGCACCACUUUCAUCGUCAUGCUCUUCUCCGGCUGGAGCAUCUUCCUCAAUGGCAACUGGUCCACCUCCGAUUUCAUCACCAACUACAUCCCCAUCCCCUUCUUCAUCAUCAUGUACGUGGGUAACUGGGUUUACAACCGCAACAACGGCGCCCACAUCCCCGCCCAGGAGGUCGACCUCACCACCGGUCUCCGCGAAAUCAUUGAGGCCGAGGUGCCCGAGGAGAAGCCCACCACCAUCGGCGGCAAGGUCUGGGCCUUCAUCUCUUAA